AUGUCAUACAACAACGAUUACUACAACGAUAGUUCUGGCACUCAGGACGCCAAUGCUGAGUGGUUUGAGCAGCAGCCCGAGUACCAGACGUCCGGCUACACCAAUUACAACGCACAGCAAGAUCCGGUACAGUGCAACACCGAUGGCGUUGCCGAGGCCAGUGACUAUCCACAGUACAAUGGAAGCCAUCUCACCAACGACGUCAAUCCAUUGCCCACAUACAACGGCUCGUUUGAGGAAGAACGUUUCAACAACCUUGAUGACCUUGAUCCACGCAGCGACGACAAGUUUUACUGCGAAGAUUCCGAGUACGGACCAUCCGGCUGUGCGGCUUCAUGCAAGAACAGAUCUUCUCUCAGACCGGUUCUCUGUCCAUAUGUAUCUAAGGGCACUUGCCAACACCGUACGGCAGAGCAGCGCGACAUGAGGCGUCAUGUUGUGUCCCAUCACUCGCUCUGGGCCAUGCUGAAUGGCAUCAAAAGUGAUGUGUAUGACUGUUCGCAGUGCAGGAUUAAGUUUACACGGCAUGACAACUGGCUUAGGCACGUUCGAGAACAGCACAAGCAGGACUUUGAGCCAUUGUAA